GUGACGACCGACUGCUUUGGACGCUUCUGGAACGACACGGUUCAACCACCUCGGUAGCUUGCUAGCCGACAAGAAGUAGAAACAUUGAAGCUCUGUAGACCAUGUUUGUGUAGCUACACAAAUCCAUCCCAGUGAUUUAAACACACUUCUGUUAACGUAUCUACUAGUUCAUUUAAACGUAAUUUGCUUGUUAAAUUUGCUAAUGUGUUAUCGAGCCGAGCACUAGGGUAGUCGCUAAUGAUAGCUAGCUAGCUAACAUUCCCGACACAAUGAGCUCACAAAGCUACUCUCCUCCUGCUAAUGAAGAGGAGGUCUGCUGGACGGAGAAAGCAGCUCUGGGGAUGAACAUUGUCAUUAAAGAAGAAGAGGGGGAUAUUACAGUGAUAGGAACGGAAGAAGCAUGUCGAAUUAAAAGGGAGGAAGAGGAGGAGGAGAUAGAGGCUGUCACAGUGGAAGAGAUGGGAGGGAUAGAGGCUGUCACAGUGGAAGAGAUGGAAGGGUUAGAGGCUGUCACAGUGAAAGAGGAAGAGGGGAUAGAGGCUGUCAUAGUAGAAGGGAUAGAGGCUGUUACAGUGGAAGAGAUGGAAGGGUUAGAGGCUGUCACCGUGAAAGAGGAGGAAGGGAUAGAGGUUGUCAUAGUGGAAGAAGGGGAGGUAGAAGCUUUCAGAAUGAAAAAUGAGACGGAGGAGGAUAUCACAUUGAAAGAAGAAGACCCUUUUGUAGUGAAAGAGGAGGAGACUGAAGAUCCGAUUAACACCAAUCCAAAAACGAGGCAAUAUUCCGUUUCCUGGCCCUCCCAGGGCUCUACAGUGAAGGAGGACAUCAGAAAGAUACAGGAAGUAUCUAAUGUGACACCCGCGAGUCCCAGACAGUUUGGUGGUGAUGACGAUUCUAUUCACUGCGACAAAGAAUGGGACGUGAAAGACAAGGAUUGGUUUCCUAGCAACAGGCUGAAGGUGGAGUCAUCUCCAGAGAGCCACACCCCAGAGCAGAGGGGGAGUGGUGACAUGUCUUUCCCUCUCCCAGGGUCCCCAGGUCGUGUCUCUCCCACGGUUGCCUUACUGUGGGGUCUGAAGAGGGUGUCUGUGCGGCUGGUGGACUGCAGGAAAACACCGGGUCUGAGUGGAACUGUGAGAGGAGAAGAAGAGGGAGAUUCAGAUUCAGGUGAAAGACCAGACUCAGAGGAGCCAGAGACGUCUAACCCAGCAGGACAACACCACUGCUCCCACUGUGGAAAGAGGUUUACCCGGUUAGGGUCCCUGAAAAGGCAUGAGAUGAUACACACAGGAGAAAAGCCUUUCCACUGCUCCCAGUGUGGAAAGAGUUUUGCCAUGUUAUUUUGCCUGAAAAGACAUGAGAUGAUACACACAGGAGAAAAGCCUUUCCACUGCUCCCAGUGUGGAAAGAGUUUUGCCCGGUUAUGGCAGCUGAAAAUGGAUGAGAGAAGGCACAGAGGAGAGAAGCCUUUCCGCUGCUCCGAUUGUGGAAAGAGUUUUACCCAAUUAGGGGGCCUGAAGGAACAUGAGAGAAUGCACACAGGAGAAAAGCCCUUCAACUGUUCCUUUUGUGGAAAGUGUUUUUCCCGGAUGAGGCACCUGAAAACACAUGAGAGAAUUCACACAGGAGAAAAGCCCUACCACUGCCCACAUUGUGGAAAGAGUUUUACCCGGUUGGGGCACCUGAAAACACACGAGAGAAUUCACACAGAAGAAAAGCCCUUACACUGCUCCUUGUGUGGAAAGACUUUUAUUCAGUUACUGGGCCUGAAAAGACAUGAGUGGACACACAUAAAAGAGAAGCCUCACCCCUGUUCCCAGUGUGAAAAGAGUUUCACACAGUCAAGAUACCUGAAAAAACAUGAGCUGACACACUCUGCGGAGAAGCCUUGAAAGAAUCCACAUUGCAGAGAGAUAUAUCUUGGAAAGAUUUUUACCUACUUAGGGAACCUGAAAGACCAUGAGGUAACAGACACAGGGGAAGUACCUUACCACUGCUCCCAGUGUGGAAAGAGAGAUUUAACAUAACUCAUUAAUUAACUGAUGUAUUUAACACAUAGAGUGCUCACAUAUUUGUCUCAUAUUUUUGACUGACUGUUUAUUUGUGUAUGCCACAUGAAAUCAAAUUGUACAAAGUGAACUCAGUGUUUUUUAACAUGAAUUGAGUAUGUCUGUUUCAAUAUAGAGUAGGUCAGUUGUAAUGCUUUUUAAUUAAAUUAUAACUUUUUAGAACUCUGGCUUUGUGUAUUUUCUCUGUGUGUUAAUCAAGUGCUAUUUACAUGUGAUAUAUUUUCUCUUGUGUUUGCAUUGUAUAUGUAUGUGAAAAAAUAAACAAAUGUACAGACUGA